CUUUUGGAAUAAAUGAGAACGCAGACUGCAAGUCAUUCAUUAUCAACCAAAAUCAGUAUGCGACUUAUGAUUUUGGGCUGAACUAAAGUAAAUUCCCUCAGUCAUGGGUAGCACUGUCGCCUCAUAGCAAGAAGGUCCUGGGUUCGAUCCCCAGGUGGGGCGGUCCGGGUCCUUUCUGUGUGGAGUUUGCAGUGUCCGCGUGGGUUUCCUCCGAGUGCUCCGGUUUCCUCCCACAGUCCAAAGACAUGCAAGUGAGGUUAAUUGGAGACACUGAAUUGCCCUAUAAGUCAAUGGGUGUGUUUAUGUGUGUGUCCGCCCUGCGAUGGACUGGCGUCCCGUCCAGGGUGUUACUGUGUGCCUUGCGCCCAUUGAAAGGCUGGGAUAGGCUCCAGCAACUCCCUCCCCGCGUGCGCGCGACCCUAAUUGGAUAAGCGGAUAAGAAAAUGAGUGAAUGAAUGUUCCAAAAUUUUAUGAAAGUCUCAGUGGCAUAACUAGGAGCUAAUGGGCCCCAGUGCAAAAAAUUUUUUGGGCCCCCUCAACAAGUUAUAUUGAUGGUUACGCCCCUGAAACGUCUCCCAUAAGAGUAGAGGCCAUAAUAGCAGUAAGAGGAAACGUAUUUGUUGUAAUGUAUUCGUUUUUAAGAUAACGGUAAAGGAGUGGGCGACUAACUGUGCGUCUGAAACCAGACUCUGCUUACUAUAAAGUGCACUAGUAAAUAUAUUCUUGCGCAUUCUGUCGUAUAAACGUUAGUACGCAGCGCAUUUCUGUUACCCCACAUUGCACUGAGAGUAAUAAGUGACCAGUGUUGCAGCCUGGUGGACGUAGAGUCCUAAUUACACAUGUGUGUAGUUUAUAGGGAGUAGGAAGCAUUAUGUGAUUUGGGACACGGCGCACAUCUGAAGGAAGGUAUUGGGCGUGGCUAAUGAGAUAAGGUGAGGCAGUGAGGUUAGGAGACGCGGUGAGGGGCUGUGCGGGGAAGUUCGGACGCUGUGUUGUGGCCUGUCAUGUUGAUUUAAACCUCUUCCAAACUUCACCAAGUUAAGUAAACCAACCAGAUAAUCGAUCAACAUGGGAGAGACACCAGUCAGAGAGGAUGGGAUUGUGACAAGGUCUGCUGAGUACAUUGGCUCAUUUCCUGUUGAUGACUGCUGUCUAGAUGAGCAAAUGCAACAACUGCAAACACAGCUAAAAUCUCUUAAGCGCUGCAAACGUAGACGUUACGUCUCCCUCAAAUUCUCCAUCAAAGGGGUGAAGGUGUACAACGAGGAUGAAACAACUCUUUUGAUGGCUCAUGCACUGCGCCGAGUCUCCCUGUCCAUCGCACGUCCCUCUGCUGCCCAGUUCGCCUUCGUCGCCCACAAUCCAGGCAGCUCUGAUACCCAGCUUUACUGCCACCUCUUUAAGGCCAGACACGCCAGAGCAGCCCAGUUUCUGAACCUGCUGCUGUGCCGCUGCUUCCAGCUGUAUUAUUUGGAGAAACAUCCUGAAGAUGCAGAGGACAAGGCGUCUGGAAAAAAGCCAGCUCGUAACCCCUCACUGCUGAACCAUGGCUUUCCCCUCAGCGUCAGUGCCCUUGUGUCCUUUCGCAGGGCACCAACUCAGGGGAUGCUGUCAGGGUCACAGGUCUCCUACAAUCCAAGCAUGGAUCCCGUAAGCAGCCCAGAGGAUGUCUUUUUAACUUCCCCUACGCUUGUACGUAAGAAGGCCAUCAGGGACAAAGGACUGCGCUCAGGGGCUUAUCGUUCCUUCACCUGCACUCCCAUUAAGCAGCGCAGCCUGCAGGAGCGCCUUAAUGCUCCACAAGACAAGGGACCGGACACAGUGCCAGUUUGCAAGGUUCGCGCUCCAAGCUUGGCCGAGACCGAAGAAGCACUGGCUCAUGCCGUGUGGAGCUGGGCUGGCAUCUCUAGUGACAGCAGUUCAUCUUUGCUUGUGGAUGAUGUCCUGGGUUCCUACUUGCUAUGUCCUAACACAACAAAUUGCAACCUUGGAUCUCUACUCGUACGUUUCAAUUCAGGAUUAGUCACUUUGGAUGUUAAGACUUCCAAAGGCAAAAUAUUCCUUGAGAAUGGCCAUGUACAGUUUGAGAGUCUCACUGCAUUGAUCGAUCACUACACCGAGAGCCGAGAAGAGCUGGAGGUCCCACUGAGUUGUGCUCGUGUUAAUCACUGUUACGAAUGGGAAGAGGACAAAGACCAGACUGAAAAGGACACAAAAAACCAAUGCUGGGUUUAAGUUGUGUUUAGUAUUUUAUCUGUGUGAUCUUGUUUUUAAACUACUGAUUUAAAUGUGGAUUUUUUUUACAGUAUGACACUGAUCUUUAACCUAACUAAUGCUUUUGCUCUAUUUACACUAAUGUUCUGAAUGCACUUAACACACGGGUAGUUAGUUAAUUGUUCAUGUUUAUUUUUUCCCCUUUUUGAACAAUGCUUUAAGUUUUUCUUUUUUUGGACACUGGACAAAUUUUUUGAAAGCAUUGUUAGUUUUCUAUGUUUCUAUGUGUAGUAUGUUUAUAUGUCUUAUUAAGCAUUUGCAACAUUUCUUACCAAGCAGAAUUGUACACUAGCCAGUUGCAAACCUUAGAACAAAUUUUGCGUGAAUUCACAGCUCAAUUGUAGGCCAACUUUUGUUUAUCUAAAUACUCUAUACUAUAUCCAGCUUGUCUGCUUUAUAUGUGAUUACCCCAAACACUAAUUUUGGCAUUUACCUGUACUGAAAGAUUAUGAGAAACCUGUUGAUUUAAAACACCUGUAAUAGAAGACUCAGGAAAGUUGUGAUUCUGUCAAUGCAUGUUUAAAUAUGUGGCUACAUACCCCCAAAUUAUUAAAUGCAAUAUACAAAAAGUAUUUGGAUGACAAUAAUUUUAUUUGGGAUUUCCAUGAGAUUGAUGCACAGUUAAAUCCACCCACCCAUAUUGGAACCCACAAUUAUUUUCUCAAAAAGUGUAAGGACGAUGCAGGAAAAUGCUGAUUUAAAGCUUAUAUUUAGAAUUAGCAUAAAUCUGUGUUUUAAAAUAGCUUAACAGCACUCACUAAAAUGUUUUGCAAAAAUAUAUUUGACUGCUUAAACAAUUGUUCUUAGACUUCCAUUAUAAGUGAGUAUAAGUAAUAAUGUUUUUGGUUCUUGUAGCAGUACAGGGAAACGUGCUGAAACCACCAUUUGUGGUAAUUCCCUUUAAACUGCAGAUUUGUUUAACAGAGUUGAAAUGUUGGCGUAUGCUGUGAAAAUGCUGUGUAUCUUGUCAACGGUUAAUAACUCUUAUUGAUGUCAGUUUUUUUUGAGAGCUGUAGCUCUACUCAGUUUCUGACUAACAACCUUUUUUAUUACCUUUUAACCUGACUGAAGCACUCGGUUGCAAAUGUUCCAUUUCCAUUUCUGACUAACAAUUUUUUUAUUACCUUUUAACCUGACUGAAGCACUUUCUGAACAAAGAAUCGUGUACACCUUUGCAAGAGAUUUAUAAUUUAUAUAAACAUUAUUUGUUGCA